AUGGAGGACGACGGCGCCGGACCCACCUCCAAGAUCCCCGACGAACAACCACUCACCGGUUCCAUCCCCGACGGCGGCGCCUUUCCCACCGCAAACCCCUUUUAUGAUGCAUACUCUGCCAGUACCAGGCGGAGGCGGAGCUCAUCCCGGACAAUCUCCACCUUCAGGCCCACGACCACGCCCUGGUCCUCGAGAUGGGGAAUUUUCCGGAGGCCGAGUAGAGGAAAAGUGGGGAUAAGUGAACAGACCCUACUGGGGAAAGAGGGGCAAGCGAAUCCGGAGCUUUUGGAUUUCGAAGCUCUAAUUGAAGGGUUCGACUUGGCCACUCCGCUCGACUUGAAGAGGAUUUCCAUUGUUAUUGACAACCUUUGCUUUAUCAAUUUCUUUAGGAGUGGUCUUGAUGAAGAUCGAGAUUUAAGUCUUAUUUUUCAUAUGUUAUGGUUUGAACCUGAGUUUGAGAAUCUGAGUUUCCAGUCGAGAUCGAAACGAUGCCGUCGCUUAGAGGAGUUCUUCUCAAGGUCAUCAUCCUCGGCGAUAGUGGGUUUCCUCGAAACUUGUAAGAAGAAAGCAGAUCUGCCAAAUAGUGGAACAGAUUACCUUGGCCAUCAAGUUCAAAUGGAGCAUCAUAAUGAGUCACUGGAUUCUGCAUCUUACCCUUUUGGUGAAUCGUAUUUCAGAAAAAUAACGACCGUGUACAACCCAAAUCCUGUUGUUUACCCUCAAGUGAUGGAAAUUGCAUCAGCAAGAGCUGUGCUUCCUCUCGAAUGUACAGAAAACAUGGUUCCAAUUUACGUCAAUGCAAAACAGUACCACGCCAUCGUCAGGCGCCGAAAAAUCCGAGCAAGACUCGAGGCUCAGAAUAAGAUAACUAAAUCUAGAAAGCCCUACCUUCACGAGUCGCGUCAUCUCCACGCACUCAAGAGAGCCCGUGGGUCGGGAGGCUGUUUCCUCAACACGAAAAGCGAGGAGAAAUCGAAACCCCCGGGCCAAGAAUUCUGCAAGAAGUCGGAGAACAACAGCAGCUGGGGGGCCUCCACCCCCUCUGCCUCGUCCGAUGUCUCGUGCAUCUUCAAUAACAGCAAUGACAUUUUCCCGCCGCCUGACCUCGAAAUCUCAAUCGACUCCGCUGAGAGAUAUAUGCAGAUUGGGACCCGUGCCUGAAUUCCUCUUCCUUGCACGGUUAUAAAUUUCAACCGGCACCUCAUCCUUGGCUAAUUUUUUGUACAACUACAUUGUAUUGUGGCUUUGUUAGUUUUUUUUUUUUUUUUUUUU